AGUGUAUUAAAAGUUUUUUGAAAUAUUAAUUUAUUAGUGAUAUAUUUAUUUGGAUUUAAUUUGUGUUACUUUAAUAUAUAAUAAAUUAUGACUCGUUAUGAUGAUAACCACAAUACCCGGCCAAAUAGGGCUGACAUUGAGAGUGGAAGUCAUGGAAAGCCUGUUAAAAGCGAUUCCGGAUUUCGACUCAAAUUCUGGAAGAAAAAGAAACCCAAAACGGAUGGCCAGACAAAUGUGGACCUAAAGGACGUCCGGAUCACUGAACACCUCAUUGAUGUGCACGAGGUUUGCGAGCGACUCCACACUCACCCCGAAAAUGGUAUUACGGAAAAGGAGGCGGCGUUUAGGUUGCAAAGGGACGGCCCCAACGCCUUUACCCCACCUAAACAAACAGCCUGGUGGAUUUUAUACUUACGGGAAAUGACCGGGGGCUUUGCGCUGUUACUAUGGUUCGCAUCCAUUGCCAGUUUUGUGGCCUUUGGCAUCGAGAACGAGCCCCAGGAUAUGUAUUUGGGUAUAGUGUUGGCGUUAACUGUGAUAUUAACCGGCUCAUUCUCGUAUUACCAAGCUGCCAGUAGUAGUAAAGUGUUCAAGUCGUUUAAAAACAUGACACCGCCG